GUUGUCAUAUAACGUCUUGUCGGCUUACAAAAUUUGUCAUAAAAUAAUUUUAAUUCGGUUUAAAUUAGAAAUUCACUAUGGAUAAUCAAGAAUCCAAGAAAUGUUUCUGUGCGCGUUGCUUUUUACCCAUUGAUGCAGAGGAUAAAGUUGACAUUGAAGGCCAAAACUUCCACCGAUUAUGCAGCAUGUGCUGUAUAUGCAGAACGGUACCUCAGCAUCUGAAGAUGUUUUAUGGUCAUGUAUUUUGUAACGAAUGCUUUAAAAACCACGUACUAACGAGAUUUAGAGGAGAGAACCCCCGUAUCCACUCAAAUAGUUGGUGGAUGCAGUGGGCUCCGGGUUCGAAACCACAGGGAAAUAUGGAAACUACUGGUUCCAAGAGUUUUGAAAAUCCACCAGAAGAUAUGCAGAAGCGCUGUUUUUGUGCGAGAUGUCUGCAAGCAAUUGGUGACGACAAAAUAUGUAUUGGUGAUCAGUGUUUUCAUUCACACUGUGCUCGAUGCUAUGUCUGUCAGAACGUUCCUAAGUCAAAUGUGAAGAUUUACUAUGGACAAGUAUUCUGCGAAGAUUGCUUUCAUCGCCAUGUUUUGAAUAAAAAUACAGACAAUCCUUCAGAAUUCUUCAAAAACUGCUUUGAGCAAUGGCAGAGUAAUCCACAAUUUGCGGAAAACAUGCGAGAUUUCAUGACUACCAGUAAAGAUCAAGCCCCAUUCAUUUUCAUGAUGCAAGGACAACAACCACCUUUCUGUAGAUGUGGCACAGGACCUCAGGAAUGGUUUCAACCGAAUGAACCAAAAAAAUCUGCGACACCAGCGACCAAAUCAAUCGCGGAGGACAGUCAUAUUUGGGAUUUAUCUUUUGAAAAUCGCACGGAAAUAUCUGAUAUUCUUGAAUCUACUGACGAAUCAACGAUUCGAGAUAGCAAUUCUUUGACUGCAGCUGAAAAAAUCGAAAAGCUAACUAAAUACCUACAUGAACGGUUUGAAUACAACCACAAAAACGAGAAAAAAUGGAAAAACUAUGAAUUUGACAAUGUUUCAAUGAUUUCGAGAGAUUCAACUAGUUAUUGGUGUGAUUUACAACAGCCUAAAAUGAAACGUAAUGCACUGAAGUGUCCUAAAUGUUUGUGGCAGUGUGGUCCUAUUUAUGUUAGAGCGGAACUUUUAAAAAAAGUUUGUGAAGUAAAAUUUGAAUAAAUUGUGACACGUUA